GGAGAAUGUGAAACGGUCUGGGACACUAACAGGGACAGAGUUAUCACCGCCAGGAUUAUUUUACUGUUAAAAACUAUUACUGGAAUUUAUGGAAAUGCGCAAAGACGCGUGCGGUUCUUUGGCACACUGGGGACCAUCGCUUGGAAUGUAGAAGUGUCUACUUUUAAUAGAAUAAUUGGAUUAGACACAACUGAUUUCGGAAUUGUCGCUGUGAGGAUUACAAUUAUGAUAGACAUCUUAUUUUGUUUGUGCCUCAUCCAUGUGUCAGGUAAAAGUCAAACUAUCUUAUUUUUAUCCUAGAAAUAAUAGGACAAUUAAUUAUUGUAUUCUAAAAAUAAAGUACAUGGCUCAAGGUGCUUGUCCUUAUUAUAUUAAUAAUGUCCACAGAGAGUGUAACCUACAGUAACCUCAGAAAGUAUAACUUCUGCAAGGCAACACUAAUUAAUAUUUAUGAACAUCAGAAUGAAUUUGACACAACAAGUUAUGGGCUACUAUAAAAGUCAAAGUGGAAUGCAGAAGGCAGAAGCCCCUUGAGAGAGCAGGAGCUCAUACCAGUUUCCUGCCAUUGUUCUGUAAAUCAGGGCUAGAAUGCCACAGAACAGGAAUGUUGUUGGAUUUAUGUAGCAAAAUGACCCACCAUAUGCAGCAUGACUGGUUAUUUAGCUCACAGUGAUUUAAGUUGGGGGAACUGAUCCUAGGUCAGAAUGUAACUGGAAUGUGUCAAAAGGUUGUGUUAUGCCUGGCCUAAGGCUCUCAAAUUAAAAUAUGGACCUCAAGCCAUUUCCACUGCAUUGUUUCAUUAUUCCCUUCAAAUCAGGGACUGAUUUAGACCUGGGAGACCAUCUGGGUGCAAUUAAUUAUUAGGUAGAACAGAAAACCAGCAGUAUUCUAGACCUCGUAGUCGUAGGGUAAGAUUUAAAUACGCAUGCCCUACGGUCUAGUAAUGUUUGUUUGGAUUAGAAUAGAUAAACUGAUUUUACAUCUGUUUGUAAUAAGCAAUAGCUUAUUACAGUAGCUGCCCUUUGUUGUUUUACCUCAUAAUAGUUUAAAUGACUGUUUCAUGUGAGUGACGCCAUCUCGUCCCUAUAGGUGCGGUGACAGACCUGACCAUAAUCUCCAACGCCGAGGCCUCCACCCCUCAGCUCUUCUCCAUCUCCUGCCUCACCGGGGAGCGGGACGCAGCAGAGCUGGACCUGGACAUCAAGAAGGACAACAGCAUCCUCAUCCUCUCCUCACGGCCACAUUACAGAGUCAAAAGGCCCAAGACCAAGGAGGUGGUGGCGAACGAGUUUGUGGGUGUGAUGGACCAAACAGGCAUAUUUUACUGCCAUGCAUCCCAGGGAACCGAUCCUCCUAGAAACCUGGGUACAGUGACACUCAUCAACAACUUUGCCAAAGGUAAAGAAGAGAGAGCAUGUGUGUCUAUGUGUGUGUGUGUGAGAGAGAGAGAGAGAGAGAGAGAGAGAGAGAGAGAGAGAGAGAGAGAGAGAGAGAGAGAGAGAGAGAGAGAUUUGCGAGAGAGAGAGAGAGAGAGAGAGAGAGAGAGAGAGAGAGAGAGAGACAGAGAGAGAGAGAGCGAGAGAGAGAGUUAACUUGUUUUCUUCUGUAUUGUUCCUAUCAGCCCUAUUUGUCCCGACCCACCUCACAGUGACAGCUAACAGAGGAGACACAGUUCACCUGGCCAUGCAGGUCCUGAGCUCCCAGAGAAGAGACGUCACCUGGAAAUACAACGGUGAGUCACAAAGGGAUGGAGGGAGGCAUGGGUGGCUGGAUGAAUGGAUGGAUGGAUGGAUGAAGGGCAGGCAUUUAUGUGUGAGCAGGGAACAGAUUCAUCUAAAUGAGACAAUUUGAUGGCAAUAUAGGCAAUUAUUUGAUCAUUUCCUUUGUAUAAAGUAACAAGUAUAAAGUAGCCCCACCAUGUGGAUGAUAAUGUAUUCACAUUAAUAAGAGCUUCUCCAUUGUGCUGACUCACUGUGUUGUAACACCAGGUAACUAUUUCUACAUGACCCACUGGGGUGAUGUGUCCAACAGUACGGCUGUACUAACCCUGGAGGAUGUGGCUAGUGCCAAUGAGGGCAUCUACAGUGCCAGCUUCGUGGGAGACAGUCCCGUCUAUGGAGCCUGGAUGAGGCUGAUUGUCAGAGGUACAGUGUUCUCAUUACCCACACUCCCCACAAGACAUACACACUUGAUAUGUGUGGAUGGUGUUGAUACACUUUACUGAUUGAAUACUGUCUGUGCUGUUAUUUAUCUAUUUUAUAUAAGCUUGACCAAUACAUUUUGUAAUUUUUUCUUUGAAACAUUUUAGAUGGGUUGUAUCUUUGAAUGUACAUUGUUAGUACUCAGUUAAUAGUGUUAUUAACAUCUGUAUUACUACUAACCAUUACAAGAGUAUGUAUGAUGAUUCACAUAUGGAUGAGGUGCUUGUAUUUGGGUGUGUUGGCCACUGACGCUCCUCUACUGUCCAUCCCAGACUGUGGUAGUAAGAAGUGGGGUGCCGACUGUGACAAGGACUGUCCAGAGUGUCUCAAUGGAGGUGUGUGUCACCACCGGGAUGGGGACUGCAUCUGCCCACCGGGGUUCAUGGGGAUGCGCUGCGAGACAGGUGAGUGUGUGUGUUUGUGUAAGGUGGGGGGGGGGGGCAUAAGAUUAUAGUCGUUGAAGCUGACACAUACUACAAAUUAGCAAUAUUGUGUGUGUGUGUGCGUAUAAGUGCGUGUUUGUAAAAGACAAGUAUAUUCUAUUGCCAAACUGUCUGAAGUAACUGUACCUGUCCUGUACUGUAUCUAUGCGUACUUUAUUCCCUCCCAGCCUGUAGAGAGGGAAUGUUUGGGCUUAAUUGCCAGGAGUCAUGCAGGUCAGAGAUGGACUGUAGAGGGCUGAGGUUCUGCCUGGCUGACCCUUAUGGAUGUUCCUGUGCCAGUGGCUGGUCUGGGAACCACUGCAACAGAUGUGAGUUCAUUUGUUAUAUGUAUGGUUAUGGCAUAUUUUCGGCCUUAGAUUGCCCAAUUAAUAUUGAUUGUAAUUGUACAACCAACCUAUCAACAUGAUUGCAUGUGUUGAAAUGAAGCCAUAUCAGGUAGCAUUUCAAUCACGACACACUUAUCAGAAUCUCAACACCUUGGUUUUCCCAUCCUAAUGUUUCCUCUCCCCCUCUCCCCCAGCCUGCCACAGGGACAUGUACGGGGCAGACUGCAGGCUGAGCUGUAAGUGUAAGAACGGGGGAGUGUGUAACCGCUUCAGUGGAUGUCAGUGUCCCACUGGCUGGAGAGGACAGAACUGUGAGAAAUCAGGUAGGUAAACAUUACUUCCUCUUCCUCCUCCUCCUCUUCCUCCUCCACUUUUCCAUCACCACUGACACUACCAACAUCAAUAUGAAUAACAUCAUCACAAGUAGCAGUAACAUCUUUAUCAUCAUCAUCAUCAUCAUAAUUGUCACCUUUAUUAUAAUCUUCUUCAUCAUCUGUUUCUCCCCCAUCAGACCGCGCCCCCCAGAUCUUGAACAUGGCCAGUAGUUUAGAGUGGAACCUUAACUCCAGCCCCAAGAUCCUGUGUUCCGCCACAGGCAACCCCCUGCCCAGCCACACCAGCAUCGAGCUGCGCAAACUGGACAGCACUGUGCUCAAGGUAGAGGCAAUGGAAGGAUUGAUUAUUCCAUUACUGGGAAACAAAUUGUGAUUGUGUAGUCAGUGAGAUUUGUGAAAUUCAAUGUUUUUGUAAUAGUGAAAAUAUGUAAAUAUUUGUAAUGAUAAUAUCAGUUGGAUCAACAUUACUUCAGACUGUAAGCAGCCUUACCAAAAUCUUUUUGGACCUCUAAUUCAGGCGUCUCGCACCACCAUGGACUCCAAUAAGAGCACAGCCCAGUUUGAGAUUCCCCGUCUGUCCACUGAGCAUGCUGGGUUAUGGGAGUGCAGGGUUUCCACCAAUGGGGGACAAGACUCAAGGAAGUUCAACCUCAUUGUCAAAGGUGAGAAGAGAAAAGUAUUUUACUGGUCUAUUUCAGUCAAUGUGAGGUGCUUAACAUUGAGGGCAGGUUUCCCAGAUAAAGAUGAAGCCUAGUCCUGGACUUGAACCUGCUUUUUAGUCCAGGACUAGGAUUGAUUUGUGUCUGGGACACCAGCCCUAAAUAUACACUGAGAAAUGGUCUAGCGAAAAGGAUUUAAUGUUCUGGUUGAGACUCAUCAUACAGUGAGGGAAAACAUUAUUUUAUCCCCUGCUGAUUUUGUACGUUUGCCCACUGACAAAGAAAUGAUCAGUCUAUAAUUUCAAUGGUAGGUUUAUUUGAACAGUGAGAGACAGAAUAACAACAAAAAAAUCCAGAAAAACCCAUGUCAAAAAUGUUAUAAAUUGAUUUGCAUUUUAAUGAGGGAAAUAAGUAUUUGACCCCUCUGCAAAACAUGACUUAGUACUUGGUGGCAAAACCCUUGUUGGCAAUCACAGAGGUCAGACGUUUCUUGUAGUUGGCCACCAGGUUUGCACACAUCUCAGGAGGGAUUUUGUCCCACUCCUCUUUGCAGAUCUUCUCCGAGUCAUUAAGGUUUCGAGGCUGACGUUUGGCAACUCAAACCUUCAGCUCCCUCCACAGAUUUUCUAUGGGAUUAAGGUCUGGAGACUGGCUAGGCCACUCCAGGACCUUAAUGUGCUUCUUCUUGAGCCACUCCUUUGUUGCCUUGGCUGUGUGUUUUGGGUCAUUGUCAUGCUGGAAUACCCAUUUUCAAUGCCCUGGCUGAGGGAAGGAGGUUCUCACCCAAGAUUUGACGGUACAUGGCCCCGUCCAUCAUCCCUUUGAUGCGGUGAAGUUGUCCUGUCCCCUUAGCAGAAAAACACCCCCAAAGCAUAAUGUUUCCACCUCCAUGUUUGACGGUGGGGUUGGUGUUCUUGGGGUCAUAGGCAGCAUUCCUCCUCCUCCAAACACGGCGAGUUGAGUUGAUGCCAAAUAGCUCCAUUUUGGUCUCAUCUGACCACAACACUUUCACCCAGUUCUCCUCUGAAUCAUUCAGAUGUUCAUUGGCAAACUUCAGACGGGCAUGUAUAUGUGCUUUCUUGAGCAGGGGGACCUUGCGGGCGCUGCAGGAUUUCAGUCCUUCACGGUGUAGUGUAUUACCAAUUGUUUUCUUGGUGACUAUGGUCCCAGCUUGACAAGAUCCUCCCGUGUAGUUCUGGGUUGAUUCCUCACCGUUCUCAUGAUCAUUACAACUCCACGAGGUGAGAUUUUGCAUGGAGCCCCAGGCCGAGGGAGAUUGACAGUUAUUUUGUGUUUCUUCCAUUUGCGAAUAAUCACACCAACUGUUGUCACCUUCUCACCAAGCUGCUUGGCGAUGGUCUCGUAGCCCAUUCCAGCCUUAUGUAGGUCUACAAUCUUGUCCCUGACAUCCUUGGAGAGCUCUUUGGUCUUGGCCAUGGUGGAGAGUUUGGAAUCUGAUUGAUUGAUUGCUUCUGUGGACAGGUGUCUUUUAUACAGGUAACAAGCUGAGAUUAGGAGCACUCCCUUUAAGAGUAUGCUUCUAAUCUCAGCUCGUUACCUGUAUAAAAGACACCUGGGAGCCAGAAAUCUUUCUGAUUGAGAGGGGGUCAUAUACUUAUUUCCCUCAUUAAAAUGCAAAUCAAUUUAUAACAUUUUUGACAUGCGUUUUUCUGGAUUUUUUUGUUGUUAUUCUGUCUCUCACUGUUCAAAUAAACCUACCAUUAAAAUUAUAGACUGAUCAUUUCUUUGUCAGUGGGCAAACGUACAAAAUCAGCAGGGGAUCAAAUACUUUUUUCCCUCACUGUAUCAACCAUUACUCAAAUUCUCACCCACUCUUCUCCCCUCUAUCGCCAGAGCCGCCAUGCCCCAGCACCCCUCCCAAGCUGCUGGAGAAGAGGAGUAAGCAGCUGGUGGUGAUGCCUGUGGACUCCUACAGAGGAGACGGACCCAUCGACUCCACCAAGCUCCUCUACAAGCCCAUGGAGACAGGAGACUCCUGGUCCUCCAUCAUAGGUGCGUACGUCAGAUGGAGUUUGAUCUCAUGUAAAGUCAAGGGAGUUACAACUACUAUCCUGGCAACAUAAUAUCAUCAAUUUCACAGGAAAAAUUGCCUUGCCUAAAAACAAUGCAAGACAAUUUGCCAAUUUGUCAUUAUCAAUAUUAGUAUGUAUCAUACUUCACUUUAGAUCCCUGAAGUGUAUGGCUAAUCCUCUCUGAUUCUCUAUCUCUCUGUGUUCCUUUCUCUCAGUGUACAGUAGAGAGCCUAUAACUCUGAUGAAUCUGAAGCCAUCUACACGCUACCACGUCCGUGUCCAGUUGACCCGUCCUGGGGAGGGAGGGGAGGGAACUCUGGGACCUGAGGCCAUCAUGGAGACUGACUGUCCAGGUGAGCAGCAACAGUACGCCGGGUUUAGUUUUUGCAUUGUCGAAAUGCAAUAAAGUCAGAGCAGAGGUUUGUAGGAAAUUGGUGAUGUUGCAGGUGGGGAGUGUGUGUGUGUGUGUGUGUGUGUGUGUGUGUGAGUUUCUAAGUUGGAGUUAGUAGAGGUUUGUCCUAGUGGACAGCUGAGUGCAGGUUCUGAAUCUGUGAGAGAAUGGUUCUUUAAUUCUGUCUAGUGACCUAAUCAGAAUGUUCUUUGCCCAUCUGUAAACACAAUGCUGUGUCUAAGUAAACAGUAGAAUGAGUAAGUAUCCCAGGCUGGAGGACCUCUCCAUGACUGCGUGUUCUGUGUUGCUGCUGUAGAACCCACGCUUCGACCAGCGAUUGACUUCAGCUCGCUGGAGGGCCGCAACGCCACUGUGCGCUGGCUGUUGCCUGGCAAUGCGGCCAGGGCUGUGGGUGUGGCCAGCGGGUUCUUAGUGCAGCUCUUCGGGCCCUCCCCCUCAGAAGAGAAGCUGAGAGAGGAGACCACCCUGCUCAAUGUGCUCUCCACCAAGUUCUACAACCUGCAGUACCACCAAGACUACAAAGUGGUCGUCAGGCUGCUCAACUGUGGCAGCCUGGGGCCCGCCUCUAAGCCAUACAACUUCCGCAUAAACAGCCAGGGUAACUAACAAGAGCUCCUCCUAUUGGCUUAGCAGUGAGUGUUGACGACUGUGAUUGGCGGAUGGAUGGUGGAUGGUUGGUGGCUCCCCCCUGCCCUCGUAUUGUGUCAGGGUUAAAGAUGUGUGCAUAAAGGAAAGGACAUUUAGGAAUGGAUGACUUACUAAGGAAAUCCAGAAAGAAAUUCAAGCACUUUAAAAGUACGGUUUGGCAAUAGCCAUGUAGCAUAAGCUAACACCUUCUGACCAAUAAUAACCCCGCUGAGGUCUCCUCUCUGUCCCUCUCCUCCCCUCUCUCCCCCAGGUCCCUCAUCUCCUCGGAACGUCCAGGCCCUUCCCCUGUCUGUGUCUGCGGUGCAGGUGAAGUGGCAGCCCCCUCAGGACCCUAACGGGGGCAUAGUGAAGUACAUCAUAGAGUACCAGCCGGUGGGUCAGGGCAGCCUGCACCCCUGGGUCGACACAGACGAUGGCAACAAGACGGCUAAAGACGUGACAGCGCUCAACGGCAGUACUCUCUACCAGUUCAGAGUGAGGGCCUUCUCUAAAGUACCCGGGGAGUGGAGCAAGUUUGUCCAUGCCAGGACCCAGGGAGAUGGUGAGAGAUGGUUUUAAAAACCAUGUAUGGAGUAAAAAGUGUUAAAAACGCUAAUUCUCUCUGAUGGCUUCAAAGUACAUGGAUUUAAAUUUGUCCACUUGAAAAUCUACGUUUUUUUAGGCCUUUUCAGAACUCAAAAGUGGUCAAAUGUCAAGGUUUGUUUGAGUCCCACACCAUCUGUUGUUUAGAUCAAGCAAUGCUGUAAUCCCAAAUGAAUAACAAAGAAGGGUACCAGCAUCUUAUUUCAUCACUUUAGAUGCCUAUCUUUUCCACUCAUUUGGGAUUGAGGUGUAAAACUGGAUCUAAACAACAGAUAGUGUGGGACAUGGACUCAUUUUGACAUUUGACCACUUUUGACGUCUGAAAAUGUCCCAAAAACUUUGAGUGAACUUCUUGAGUGAACAUAGAUUUUUUUGUGAACUAUCACUUUAAAACGUGAAGAUACUUACAUAAUAAAUAGGAUAUAGUCAAUGUUCAUCUGCAUAAGAGUGUGCAUCUCCUCAUAUUACCUCUCCCUCUAGGUCUCCAGGACUUCACUCCUACCACCCAGGGUGUGGGGGGGCGUCCGGGCAGUGAGGGCUACCAGCUGUUGGUGGCUGUGGUGGGGUCUGUGACGGUCACCUGUGUCACCAUCCUGUUGGCCCUGCUGGCUCUCUUCUGCAUCCGCAAGACCCUGCUCAACCGCAGACGCACCUUCACCUACCAGUCUGGAUCGGUGGGUGUGUGUGUGUGUGUGUGUGUGUGAGUGUGUGAGUGAGUGUGUGAGUGUGUGAGUGAGUGAGAGAGAGGACUCACACACAAACAUGCCAUAAAAACACACCUAAACUAUAUAGUCCUUCACUAAGAAGUUGGAUAAGCUGACUAGAUAAACGUUCCACACUGUCUCAAACUUCACAUAUAGACAUGUUGUUAUGAGAAACACACCUCAAAUCUGAUCAUUUCUAUGCUUUGACUCAAUGCUUUGAUAAAAAAUGCAACAAAGCCGUCAUUGCAACCCGUAGGGAGAGGAGACCAUCCUCCAGUUUAACUCUGGGACCCUGACCCUGACAAGGAGGCCAAAGCCUGCCUUUGAGCCCCUCACCUACCCCAUCCUGGAGUGGGAUGACAUCAAGUUUGAAGAUGUGAUCGGAGAGGGCAACUUCGGCCAGGUCAUCAAGGCCAUGAUCAAGAAGGACGGGGCCAAGAUGAGCGCCGCUAUCAAGAUGCUGAAAGGUAGUAGGUACCUCACAAACAUGUACCAACGCACGCAGGCAAGCACUCACACACACACACCAGUGGCGGUCAGUGAAAUUUAAGAUGAGGGAGGAUGAUUUUGUUUUCAUGAGCAUGGCCUUAUUUCUAUUACAGCAUAUUGGAUGUCUGUCAUUCAUAUUCCAUUCACCCAGCUCAAUGUAACAUCGAUAGAUUUAGGCUACUACGUGAUACUCAAAUUUUCCCUAUACCCAUCAUGAGGUUGCUACAACAGGUCGAGAGAUAAAUGUGAGUAAUCGAGGUGACAGACAGUGACACAUUCAAUACCGCCUUGCACACUCUUGCCUGAAUCUAGCUGAUCUAGGGUGUAAUCAUUAGUCCAACAUUUGCAAAUGAGAGUUUCUAUUGGACAAGUUCAGGUAUGUUUAUCCCCGUUUCGUUCCAUUUGCUUCCGUUUAAGAAACAUUUUUCAACAGAAUCGGCGGAAUGAAUUCACCCCUGAUCACACACAAACACAGUUCACUUUCAUAGCAGCCACAUACAAACAGCAUGAACAUUUUGCUCGUUGUAUAAUUCCUUCUCUCAUCUACGUGCUCUCCUCUAACUUUUUACCUUCGCUUGUGGACUUCAGUGCACAACACAUCAGCUGUCUGUGACCAGGCGGAAAAACCUUUCCAAGCCAAACCUAAUAACUGCUAAUCGCUAAACACAGCCUACAUCGUUGUCACCAUAUUAACUAAUGAUGUUAGCAACGUCAUAGUCAACAUAGCUAAUAUAACUAACGUGUUAGUAAACCUGCUACAAUCAUGCAGUACAGUGUAGAGUCAGCAAGCAGUGUAGCAGUUACACCGGCGGGCCCCGGUUGCAAUAAAUUAAUAAAACCAAAAGCUUACCUUGACUUGGAAGAGUUCCAGUGUUGGAUAGCUAUAGCCAGCUAGCUAACAUAGCAUCCCUCUCUGUUUGAGCUGGGUGUUUGAGUAGGCUAAACUAUCUAGCUAAUUGAAAGUUUAAAAAAAUACAACUAAAUAUCUCUCUCUCUUCUCUCUCACUUCUUCAUUUUUAAAGAAAUUAAUUUGUUCAAAACUGUUCAACUAUUGUAGUUCUCUCUCUUUGAGUCAAUUACUGACCACAUUUUAUGCACUGCAGUGCGGGUGAGAACCAUGAGCCUCCUAGGUAUUGUAUUGAAGUCAAUGUACCCAGAGGAGGACAGAAGCUAGCUGUCCUCCGGCUACACCAUGGUGCUACCCUACAUAGUGCUGUUGAGGCUACUGUAGACCUUCAUUGCAAAAUAGUGUGUUUUAAUCAAUUAUUUUGAUUAUUAUGUGAAUAUAUGUGAAUAUAUUUAGUAUAGUUUUAUCUAAAAAGGAUACUUUUUUAAAUGUUUCACUAUGUUUAUAUUCCUCCCCUUCCUCCUCUGAGGAGCCUCCGCUGACACACACAUACACUACCACACAAGCAUGUGCACGCAUACAUACACGCACGCACGCACACACACACACACACACACACACAAUCACAUCACUAACACAUACUCACACACAUAACAGUCAAACAAAACACACAUUCUAACACAUUCCUACACACACAUCUCUAAAGUCAGUGAUAUAAUGUAACAAAGCUUAUUUCUCUGUACCUGUUUGUAACUUGCUGUGUGUGCUGUUUGCUUUUGAGCAGAGUUUGCCUCGGAGAAUGACCACCGGGACUUUGCAGGAGAGCUGGAAGUGUUGUGUAAACUGGGCCAACAUCCCAACAUCAUCAACCUCAUAGGAGCCUGUGAAAACAGGGGUGAGUCCACCACCUACUGACCAUGCUGGGCAAUGCUCUUAAUUAAUACUAUACUAAUGAAUGGACAGUGUUAUCUCAAGGGAGGACUUUAAAGUACUGUAUCUCUUUAGGAAAUAUGAGUUUUGACGCAAGUUGAUAGAAAUAAGUCUGUAUUCUUAUAUGAUAGCUAUAGUAUGUUGAUAGUGAUUUCAAUAUUUCAAGAUGAAACUUAGUUACACUUAAUUAUGUAAACUUAUAGGCUUACCUUAUAUCAGUUGCUGAUUCAAUAAUGCUUAGCUGAGCCCAACAUGCAGAGCAUGAAGUGGUUAAUAUUCUGAGUUAUCCGGAUGCAUACAGAUCCUCUCGUGCACCUGGACAGGACUGUGUCUGCUAGAAGCAUUUGCACUAUCACAUUUAUUUUGCUUGUCAUAUCCGCCGCAUCAGUAAACUACCUUACUGCAUAUCUAUCUGUGUAAUAUAGAGCCUUUGGACCAAGCUCUGAGCAUGACAUUUCAAUUUCCAAACCACUUCUGAUAGUUUUGGGAAAUAAUUGAAGUGCCUGUUUCUCUUUGUAUAAAGAUCUAGGAUUGAUAACAUACUGUUGGGAGGAAGUUUAGAGUGGAAAGUACAUUAGUGGAGAUUACAAAAAAAAAGACAUCCUACUAAACCACCGUGUUUCACAAUCCUAAUGCUUCUCAAGUAGCCCUGACUUAGCAUUGGUGGUUCUCGCUCUCUCUCUCGAUAAAAUGAUGAUGAUUACAGCACAGGACUAGAAUUCUAUUUUUAUGUAUUACAGUAUUAUACUCAGUUAAUGGCUUCCUACCUUGAACAUGAUAUUCCUAUGGAGGCACAGAUGGAGCUGUUAGCAGGCAGAGGUGUGUCUGUGAUGGCCAAUACAGCACGGCUUGGAACGCUGUUCGUCCAAUCAGCAUCCAGGAUCCAAACAACCAUUUUUAUAAUGAUGAUUACAGCACAGGACUAGAAUUAUAUUUCUAUGGAUUACAGUAUUAUACUCCGUUAAUGCCUUCCUACCUUUCCAUGGCAAACUUUUACGCAAAUGAUAUCUCGAUAAACAACCUUCUCCAUACAGUGUAACAGUAAAUCAUCAACUUUCUUUACUUUCCCCUAACUGCCUCUCUCUUCCUGUGUAGGGUACCUGUACAUUGCCAUUGAGUACGCCCCAUUUGGAAACCUACUUGACUUCCUGCGUAAGAGCCGAGUCCUAGAGACAGACCCUGCCUUCGCCAAGGAGCACGGCACAGCCUCCACCCUCACCUCACAACAACUGCUACAGUUCGCCGUCGACGUGGCUACCGGCAUGCACUACCUUAGCGACAAACAGGUAAAUAUAAACACAGGCAUAGCCACAGGAAGUAGGGGUGCUGAAGCACCCCCUGAAAAAUCUGAAUACUUUUUAUUUUAUUUCUAAUAUAUAUUUUUUCACAAAAUUAGUGCACUUGGCCUUUUCUAGUCCUGUAUUAGUGGACUAGUAAAAACAAGUAUACUACCAAACUACUUCCCGCGGCUAUGCACACAGGUGUCCCUGUGAACUUUAAGUUGAGUCCUUGAGUUGGGAGGGGGGUUGCCUAUUCUGUUGUUUAUAUAAGUUUAUAUACAUUUGGUAGUAUCCUUUUUUUUUUUUUUUCUCCUACAGCAAUGCUAUUCAAUACACAAAUGAUGAUUGAUAAAUAUGACAGGGAAUGUACAGGAACCUACAUCAAUGUAGAUUUCCUCUCAACAUAAAUUAAUAUGAUAUCAUUCCCAGAUGUGAGCUUCAUGUUGUUUUUAACCUUCUCCUCUUUCUCUCUUCUCCUCUUUCUCUCUUCCCCUCUCGCUCUCUUCCCCUCUCUCCCUCUCUAGUUCAUCCACAGAGACCUGGCAGCGAGGAAUGUUUUAGUGGGAGACAACCUGGUGGCCAAGAUAGCAGACUUCGGUCUGUCCCGAGGGGAGGAGGUCUACGUCAAAAAGACCAUGGUGGGAGCUCAGUCACAUACAGCACAGUGCAUUAAGGAACAAUAGCUAGGAUUCUAGUCUGUAUCAUCAUUGGUCAGCCAACAACAAAUAGAACAUUCUGAAGAGAAUAUUCCACACAAUAGCACUACAUACACUCCCCUCUGUAUGGAUUUGGACACAGAAGCUACAUUUUAUAUUUGGCGCUAUACUCCAGCAUUUUGGAUUUGAGAUGACAUGUUUCAUAUGAGCCGACAGUACAGAAUACCAGUUUGUUUUGGUUGUGUUUUGGGUUAUGUUUUGCCUAAAAAGAACUGGUGAAUGAUGACUGGAGUAAGUGAGUAGAUAGAGAUAGAUAGAACACUUCUAAAUUAAUCCUGAUAAUGCCAUGAUUAAGAAACAUCAUUAAUGAAUCAUGAAUAAUGAUGAGUGAGAAGAUUACAGAGGCUACAACAAAACAUUGAUUAUUGAUUUAUUGGGGGGGGGGGGGGGGGGUAUGAUCCUUGUGCCUCUGUAACUUUCUCACUCAUCAUUAUUCACAAUUCAGCCAUGAUUAUCCAUGGUAGCAUCCACAUGAAUGUAGACAUUUUCAGAAACAUCUUCUAUUCUUACUUACAAUAAAAUUGUCUCCAAAAUGACAAUACAUUAUUUACCAUUCAGUUCCUAUUUGAUUAAAUAUAAUCCGAAAGACAACCAGAACAAACUGCAAAUGUAACCAAUGAGUUUGUAGAGUCACAAGCUUGAUGUAGUCAUUGAGUGCAAAUAAUAUGUGACCAAAUACUAAACCUUUUGAUAAAAUUUGCUGGAGUAUAGAGCCAAAUGAUUUUUUUUUGCUUUACUGUCCAAAUACUGUACAUAUGGACGGGAGAGUAUGUCAGAAACGGGAAAUAAGACUGACGUAAAAGUAUCAACUGAAGAGGGCAGUAGUGUGUUUGACAUGGCAACAAGUUACCUUACAAGACCAAGGUUCCCUUACAACUAGCAAUGAGAAGAGAGAAGCACAGGACUUGACCCUUAUAAUUAUGUACAAGACAUACUCCAUACUGUUGGUUAAAACCAAAUUCUACAAAGUUUUCUAAUGGGAUAUCUUGACUUUUUCUCUUUGUGUUGCAGGGGAGGUUGCCAGUGCGUUGGAUGGCGAUAGAGUCCCUAAACUACAGUGUGUACACCACCAAGAGUGACGUGUGAGUAUCUGACUUAUAUUCAACUAUACUGAAAUGAAAAUGUAAAUGCAACAUGUCAAGUGUUGGUCCCAUGUUUCAUGAGCUGAUAUAAAAAAUCCCAGAAAUGUUCCAUACGCACAAAAAGCUUAUUUCUCUCAAAUGAUGUGCACAAAUGUGUUUACAUCUCUGUUAGUCAGCUUUUCUCCUUUGUCAAGAUAAUCCAUCCACCUGACAAGUGUGGCAUAUCAAGAAGCUGAUUAAACAUCAUGAUCAAUACACAGGUGCAUCUUGUUCUGGGGACAAUAAAAGGCCACUCUAAAAUGUGCAGUUUUGUCACAGAACACAAUGCCACAGAUGUGCAAGUUUUGAGGGAGCGUGCAAUUGGCAUGCUGACUGCAGGAAUGUCCACCAGAGCUGUUGCCAGAUAAUUUAAUGUUAAUUUCUCUACCAUACGCCGCCUACAACCUCAUUUUAGAGAAUUUGGCAGUACAUCCAACCGACCUCACAACCGCAAACCACGUGUAACCACGCCAGCCCAGGACCUCCACAUCUGGCUUCUUCACCUUGAAUGCACACAGAUACCGUGAUGAGAUCCUGAGGCCCAUUGUCGUGCCAUUCAUCCGCCGCCAUCACUUCAUGCUUCAGCAUGAUAAUGCACGGCCCGUGUCACAAGGAUCUAUACACAUCUCCUGGAAGCUGAAAAUGUCCCAUAUCUUCUAUGGCCUGCAUACUCACCAGACAUGUCACCCAUUGAGCAUGUUUGUGAUGCUCUGGAUCGCUGUGUAUGGCAGCGUGUUCCAAUUCCCGCCAAUAUCCAGAAACUUUGCACAGCCACUGAAGAGGAGUGGGACAACAUUCCACAGGCCACAAUCAACAGCCUGAUCAACUCUAUGUGAGGUGGUCACACCAGAUACUGAAUGGUUUUCUGAACCACACCCCUACCUUUUUUAAGGUAUCUGUGACCAACACAUGCAUAUCUGUAUACCCAGUCAUGUGAAAUCCAUAGAUGUAUUUAUUUGAAUUGACUGAUUUCCUUAUAUGAACUGUAUAGAACAAAUCUUGACUUUAUCUUUAGAUACUUAUAUCAUGUCUUACACAGCUUCCAGUAAGGGCUAGAAGAUAAUACGAUGCCAGCAGUCACAUAACUUUGCUGUCUCUCUCUACCCGGCUGUCCAAAACAACAAAUCAUGUUCCCCUCCUUCCUCCUCCCCCCCGUCAAUGGUGAACUGCUAACUUAGUGCAGAGGAACUGAUAACAGAACCCAGGAAGCCUAGAGGCAGGGCCGGCCCACUCAUUAGGCAGGAUAAGGCAGCCGCCUAUGGCGGUAGAUUGACGAGGGCGGCAUUUUCUGAGCUAAACUGACCAAGACGAACCUCCAACAACAACACAUAAAACCUCACAUCAUUCUGCCAAACAACAAUGACAAUUUCUCUCAUAUGGGCUUUUUAGGUGAGUGCUGAUGCAGCCCUGUGAUAAGCAGUGCCCACUUUGUCAUAGGCAGGGGCGCAAAAUAUUUUGCUUGUCAAUUCCCAGCGCUCCUGUCCAGGGUGCUGUUGGAGAGACACAUCGCUGCUGCGCUCCACCGACGUUCUGUCAAAAAAAAAAAAUCGAACAUAAAUCACGUAGCAGAUAUAAGAUAUGGUAGAAAGAGGAUGUGGCCUUUUCUGUAGCCUACAGGCUGGAGAUCAAAUGUAUGACAAUGUAAUGAGACGGCACUUUUUAUAUCAUGCAGGUUUCCCUGAUCAAAUAGCCGAACCUAAAUGGCGCCCAAUCAAAUAAAAAAUGUGCUGUCAUGUUAACAAACAACAUAUCCUAAAAACAGGACUUGUCAAAGUAAAAAUGGACAAUAUGGAAUGGACAAUCAACUGUUGUCUAGGAGUUUCACCCCAUUGUCAUGAUUAGUGGUUUCAAGUUUGUAUCCGUACAUUUUUGACAAGCUGAUCAUAGUAAAAAAGAAAAUAGGCCUACUUCUGCAUUUCCCGCUGUGUAAACACAUUGCAAAUAUGCUCAUGAUAACUCCUGAUAAAGUUGGGUAGCUGAUAUUCAGCGCUUAAAAACCAAAUUGAUUAGUCACAGGAACUAAGUCACAGGACUAAUAAAGCCAAUGCAACAGCCUGUUUUACAAAUGGUGGGCCUACCACAGGGAUGGACAUUAAUACAAUUCCAUUGUGGGCGACAUGGUAGGCUACACCACAAUAAGCACGGGCCAACGUCUUUUUUGGUCCGGACCGGAUGUCUUUUUUUGGUGUUUUACCAACGGUUGGCCUACCACAUAGAUGGGCAUUCAUAAGAUUUAAUUUCAGGCAACACUGUAGGCUACACCUCAGUAAGCACAGACCAACGCUGACACCUUUUGGAUGUCUUUUUUUGGUGUAGUCCUGACCGGCCUUGAUUUCUACAUCCACGGACGUUGGUUUUUGGUCCAGUCUGGACCAAAUCUGAACCAAUCAUAGAUGUUUAUGUUUGGUUCAGAUUUUGUCUGGUCUGGACCAGCCUUGAUUUGGCCCAAACAUAGACGUCUAUAAAUUACGUCUUUUCAACUUUCAUUCUGAACCAAAAAGGAACCUGAUUUCAACGUCCGGAAAAUACAUAUUUUUUCAAUGUCUGGAAAAUACGUAUUUUCUACUUUCAUUCAGAACCGAAAAUGAACCUGAUUUCAACAUCCGGGAAAUACGUAUUUUUCAACGUCCGUAAAAUACGUCUUUUCACCUUUCAUUCAGAACCUAAAUUGAACCUAACUUCAACGUCUGGAAAAUACAUUUUUUUUAGACGUCUUUUCAGUGUCAUUUUGCUUACUGGGACUAUUUUUGUUUUUUCGGGGGCGCAUUUUUUGGUCUUGUCUAGGGCGGCAGAACGGCCAGGACCGGCCCUGCCUAGAGGAACAUAGAGCCAGUGGACGGCCACACUACCACACAGAGCCUGUCAAACACAGACUAUUUAUACCCGCUUCAGAAUUGACUGGAAGGACAGCUACAGGAAGUGGAACGAACGAGUUUGGUUAGCAAAGAGGAGAGACGUUUCUGUAGUAAACAAGUUGUAAACGAGCUAGCUACAGCACUGAAUGUGUGUGUGUGUGUGUGUGUGUGUGUGUGUGUGUGUGUGUGUGUUGAGUCUUGUGUUGACGAGAGCAAAGGCAGUCAUUUUGUGACACACCACAGAAUAUAAACAAAGAUAACCAGACCACUACUCUGUGUUUAUGUCCUGUAGAGAGCGAGAGAGAGAGAGAGAGAGAGAAGAGAGAGAGAGAGUUUACCUGAAGCUGGGUCAAUGGGUUCCUUAUUUUGUAUUUGUACAGAAUGACUGACAGUUAACUGAUGAACUUGCAGUGAGUUGGCUACAUUAUCUUGUUAGUUGACAAUCACAUAGUCAGAUGGUGGCUUUGUACAAAUAGUUAAGAGUACUUGUUGUUUCUCUCUCUGCUCUCACAGUUGUGAGGCUGCUAUAAAGUCAUCUGAUUUUACAGUAAUAAGACACUAGGAUGCAUUUACAUGUAGUGCUAUCCCAAAAUUAUCGGUAUCAGUCAAUUGCAUUGACAAGCUAAUGUAAAUAAUGUAAUUACAAGGUCACUCUAACUGUUCAAUAUCCUUUACAUUCUCUUCCUAUAUUUUCCCUCUUUCUCUUUCCUCUCCCUCUUUCUUUUUCUCAGGUGGUCUUUCGGUGUACUUCUAUGGGAGAUAGUGAGUUUAGGUAAGUUGACGUAUAGUGAUGCUGUGGGAACAUUAUACAUUUUAUUAGAUGAGGAAUAGCAAUAGCCCAUGUUCCCAGCAAUGUGGGUCGUCACAUAUAACCAAAAUGUUCUCAGUUUCCACCACACCUUUUCACACCAUACACCAGAAAGAGAGGGGGAAGGGGCCCCAGCUGAGAGUUAACAGAGUAGUCACGCACAGAGAGUCAGCAGAACAUCACCCCUCACUCUGGGAAAUAUACUGUAUCAAAUUAAAGGAAAUAUUUACUUUGCUUGCCCGCCUGAUGAUGAUGAUGAUGAUGAUGGUGGUGAUGACAAUCACGAUCAUGACAAAGAAUGACUAAGACAAAGAUGAGUCACUCGACUCCUUUCCCUGUGUCAUUGUAUCAAUAUGAAAGUGACCCGUUCUCCCUGUCCUCUCUUUGUGCAUCAGGUGGUACUCCCUACUGUGGGAUGACCUGUGCUGAGCUCUAUGAGAAACUCCCCCAGGGCUACAGGAUGGAGCAGCCCAGGAACUGUGAUGACGAAGUGUAAGUAAUGACCUUGGCUUGGACCUGUGUGUUUGUGUGUGCAUACAUGCGUCUGUGUGAGAGUGUGCGUGUGGGGAUGUGUGUGAGAGAGGGAGAGACAGAGAGGGAGGGAGGGUGUAUAUGUGUAUACUGUAUUCGUCCACCGUUAUAGCUGGUUCAUUGUUUUGUUUUUUAGGUAUGA